CGAGGGCACCAAAACGCCAACGGGACAUUACCAGGAUUUUACGUUCGUUUUUCACAAUUACGCAUACUUGGAGCUAGCCUUUCUGUGAAGACGUUUGUGUCAAACUGUUUGCGCACACUCUCGUUGCCCGUGCACUAUGCUGUAUGCACGAGGGAACCCAUUCUCAGCGGUGCGCAUCGUUGCUCAAACAGUAUCCCGCUAUGUGCGGAACAUUGUCCGGACCCCUCUCUAUGUGUCCUCAGGACGAUUCUCCUCACCAUCAAUAGAAAAGUCUCCCCUCCCCAAUCACACCCUCUCGACAGCCAAGCCCACACUCCCUCCAUAUCGUAUCGCCUUUAUCCCACCAUUCCAAGAACCAUGCACAGACCCUAUAGUCCGCCCACCAAGUCCGCCAGGUGGAAAGAAAAGUCACAGUGAAGGGCCUCGUAGAGCGUAUAGACUAUUCACUGAAGCGUCAAACUUCAACUAUGCCGCCGCUUGCGCUACCUAUGCCCCUCGCUGUGGGGUGCACACCGCCGGGGCAGAGCAACUGCACUUGGCUUAUACCAAGCACCAGCACAUAAGGCACAUGUCUAUGCCGGCCGUGGCAUCUCAGCCAGAUACUCUAAACUGGUUCAAACGGAGAGAAAGCCCGAGCAUUUUUGAACUGUUUGAAAAGGCUAUACCAACUACUCGUCGGACAUUUCGAUUUGCACAUGCCGCGUCCGCAAUGCCAAAGAGAGCGAGUCGGCCGUGUUCAAACGACUCGGGGGAGUUUCUAUCGGUCCAAGUUGGAGAAGAUGCGUAUUUUGUUCGUCCGGAUUCUCUAGGGGUGGCAGACGGGGUCGGAGGUUGGGCGCAAGUGAAGGGGGCAAACCCAGCAUUGUAUUCUCGAAAGAUUAUGCACUAUGCCAGCGCAGAGCUGGAGAAGUUGGAUGACAUUGUGAAUUCAGAUUAUACCAUUGAGGACUAUAACAAUGUAGAUCCGAGGGAUAUCUUGCAGAAGAGCUAUGAUCAUACCAACCUCGAUGCAAAGGCAGAGAAUUUGCUAGGGUCGACCACGGCGAUCAUUGCAAUAUUAAGGGAUGAUGAAUUACGAAUAGCGAAUUUAGGUGAUUGCGGAGUUUUGAUCAUCCGGGACAGCGAACCGAUCUUCCGCACGGAGGAGCAACAACACUCUUUCAAUUUCCCCUUCCAACUGGGUACGGGGAGCCGCGAUUCACCGGCGGACGCUCAAACGUUUCGAGUAAAAGUUGAAGAAGGAGACAUUGUCAUUCUCGGCAGCGAUGGAAUGUUUGACAAUGUAUUUGAUGAAGACAUUGUGGACAUUGUUCGCUCAGUUACACAAAACAAGAAGGCGGUAUCGGUUGAUCCCCAGCGCAUAACGGAUGCCCUUUUGAAGCGAGCGAGGGAGAUUGCGGAAGAUUCACGAUUUUCGUCUAGCCCUUUCCAGUCACGCGCUAUUCAGGAAGGAUUAUACUAUCAAGGUGGCAAGAUGGAUGAUGUGACAGUAUUGGCUGGUGUGGUUCGUAGACUGUCGGAAGAUUCACCUGAUCGUCGCUAAAACAGCAAUUCCCACAUACGGGUCUUUGCUGAUAGAUGAUGACCGAUGAUAAUGGUGGCGGGACUUUGCGAUUCUUUUGUGUAUAUAUUGUCUUUCCUUUUGGUCGUCCAUCUAUGUUUUAUUUUCUGCUCGUCUUGUCCCCCCCUCGCCGCCGUAGUUUAGGACGGCUGAUAUAAGAUUAGUUUGAGCUCUGAAAGGUGUGGGAAAUAAAUAUCUGUAGAGAAAUACAUCCAAUCGACCUUUUGCAUCGUUUAUUUCGG